AUGCCAAAGACGCUGCAGUCCCAGCCGCCCUCCCCAGUCAAGCAGCCAGCCAAUGCCCCUGCCCCUGACAAAUUAGACAAGAUGUCCGAAAUCACUCUCAGAAAGAAGAACGCUGACGCUCAGGCUGCUUUCCGUGCACGCCGUGCCAACUAUAUUGCCACCCUCGAAGAGACAGUCCUCAUGGGUCCAGGAGAGGUCCGGUCCUGGGUCCAUCAUUUUGAGAAAUUUCCCGGACCGAUGGACUCGUCCGGACCCGGACUGGACUCCGGACCUGAAUAA